AGUUUGCGUUAGUAUUGGUGUCACAUCUUGUUGAUACCGCUAGGGUAGAUUACACUUUCAACUCACCGUGCUCGGAGAUUGCCCUGUUUCGGAUUGCUGUGUGGAUUGCGGGUUUAAUUACGGUUCGUAGCAUUCUUAAGCCACAUCAUGGCCACCAAAAACAUCUUUUCUAAGCAUCUGCCGAACGUGAAGCUGGCCACUCGGUUUGAUGCGGAUGGCAAUGAAAUUCAGGUUGAAAAACGGGAAGAUGAAGAGCAGAAACGAAAGGAGCAGGACAUUAUUGACACGCUGGUCGGUGCCGGAUACUAUCGGGCCCACAUACAGGGCCUCUCGUCCUUCGACAAGAUUGUGGGCGGCAUGACCUGGUGCAUCGAAGCCUGCGACUAUGACGUCAAUGUGGACCUUUUGUUCCACGAGAAUCUUACCAUCGGCCAGAAGAUUGCUUUGACGGAGAAAAUUGUCGGCGUACUGCCGCGCAUGAAGUGUCCCUUCCUGAUUGAACCGCAUCAAAUACAAGGGCUGGAUUUUAUCAACAUUUUCCCCGUCGUGCAGUGGCUGGUGAAGCGGUCGGUGGAAAAUCGCAGCAAAAAAGCGGACACGUUGCGCAAGCUAGCAGCGACCCAGUUCCAGAACCAUUUCACCCUCGAAUCGGACCGGGAGUUGCAGCGAUUGCGCGCAAAGCAGCUGGGCAAUCUGCAGGCAAUCGAAUCGAAGUAUCUGCCCAAACGGCAGUUUAAGCUGCGCAAAGCUGCCGGCGGCGGAUGGGUACCGGUGCGGCCCAAGGAUGCUGCGGAGCAGGAAAUGCCCGACGGUGGUACCGGUGCGUUGGAAGAUGGAACGGGCACGGGUUUAGAAGAUGAAGAUGAGGAGGAAGAUCUAUCAGUAGCUACCGAAAGCGAGCUUAAUUUUGAUGUAUUAUUUAAAAGUAUCGCAAAAGAGCACAACAUUCCCGUCGACCUAACGGAUGCAGAUCGUUCAAAGUUGACGAACAAAUACGACGAUAUCAAACAUAAGCUAUCGGCCGAUGGGGUCGAGAACAUAUCGGACCGCAAUCGUAUUAAAUCUCAACUUGCUCUCAAACUAGCGCUGGAGAAGAAGCUAGAACUUGCGCUAAACGAACGCGAUCAGCUAAGGGGAACGGUGCUGGAAGAAGAACAGCAGCUACAGGAGGCUGCCGAUCGUAAAGAAAGCCUCGAGGAGGAGAUAAGAAAUCUCGACAAUUUGGAAAUUACCGAAAAUAAUCAAAAGAUUCUUGACCACGUCAAAGAGCUUCUAUUGAAGAACGAGCGCAUGAAGAAGCAAGAAACCCAGUUCAAGGAAAACUGCAAGAAGGAGUUGGCAGAAUUGCAGCAGAAAAUAGAGAAAGCGGAAGCAUCGACUCCGGAUGAGGAUAUGGUGGAACUGCAGAGACAGUUGGACAUGGAGCUGGAACGUUUGAAAUCGCUUCGUCUACAGCUGGCAAAGAAGAACCGUUCGUACGUCGCCAUUAAACGCCAGCUGGACACCGUUCCCGAUCGUACGGAAUUGGCUCAGUAUCAGAGAAGGUUCCUGGAACUGUAUAAUCAAGUAAGUGCCAAGCACCGUGAAACGAAGCAAUUUUACACACUGUACAACACGCUGGACGACACUAAGCUGUAUCUGGAAAAGGAAAUGUCGUUGCUAAACUCCAUCUACGACAACUACGCCAAUGCCAUGCAGAAUCCGCACUCGCGCGAACAGUUCGUGCAGCAGUUUGAAACCAUCGUCGAGGGAAUCCGUGCAACGAAAGCGAAGUUGAAGAAAAAGUGUGACGACGAGAAAGCUAAACGGGACGGGCUAAAUGCACAACUGCUUUGUCUGAUGGAACAGCAGCGUAAGUAUGCUGCCACGGUUAAGCAGCUCACGAUGGAAUGCCAACGGAACGAGGCACUUAUGCAGCAUCUGAAAGGGCUUAAAGCAUCGUCCCAUGCCUCCACUCAGCAGUGAGGUGCAGGGGAACGAGCCGAACAAAACUAUUGCACACUCCGCACAUUACGGACGGAGCGCUGAAUAUAUACUCAAACAAGUACGUGUGUAACCGCGA